CGACAUGUGAGGCUAUCGACCAUUAAAAGGUUGUCUCGCAGCUACCAACUUUGUAGUGUGGAUAUGAAUGUAGGUGAUGCAUUUCUAUUCAUUUGGAGUUCUUUGCGUUCUUUUUAUGGAUUGCUGGUGACCGUUGGACAAAACCGAUGCAUAAGGGCAUCUAGAAUCUGUACCGCGCCAGCACUGGAAAGAACCAAGCACGGCAGACCGUGCGAAAACCGCACACAGCGAAGAGAAGACCGGAAGACGGCGCCGCAGAGCCGCGACGUGAGUGGCUCAAGGUCAGGCCAUGUCAGGUGUGACUCUGGUUGCACCUGUUUCAAGGUGACGCAUGAAGCGCGUAUGGCUUGUGUUUGUGCUCGAGGCUGCGGUGGCAGUGGCCACUCGGCCUGGGGCGGACACCUGGAACGAGCCAGGUGCCUUGGAUGCGGAUGCUAGCCCUGCGGAUGAGGAGGUGCGUCGGCAUCAUCGGCAUCAUCGGCAUCAUCGCUCCAAGACCGUGGAGCCCGAGCCGGAGGAGCAGGACGAGCCAGAGCAGAAGGUGUCCUUUUCGCAGAGUGAGGCCCAGCCGAGGCAGAAACAUGUGGAGAAGAAGAGCUACAGAGCUGGGUCCGAUGAGACUUCUUCCGCCUCGGGUGGCUUCAUGGUAGAUCAAGCAACUCUGCAGAAGUUCGGCCUGAACCAGAGUUCCUUUGAGGAGAUCGUCCGGCAGCAGCAUGAUCGUGGAGAUCCCAACAUGCCACCGUUACAGCCUAGCCUUCCGGAACUCCGUGCUGUCACCUCCUCCGACAAGGGCUUCAACAUCCUCUUGAAAGCCUACAACUUCGUGAGGCCCCUGCGUGCGAAGGGGCAAAACGUGGUGGCGUCGCUGCUGAUGGUGAACGAUGCGGACAACUGCUUGAUGAAGCUGGCCUACAGCACCUACAGGAUGGACCACGAGGAUGAAGACGACUAUCCCUAUUUGCCGCGCAAAUGCGGUGACGACUUCCGCUGGGACCGCCCCUUGUGAGCGGAGAAGUUCGAUGGGAAAAUGGAUGAAAG